AUGUAUUUCGCACCUCUCGCUAUCCUAUCUCUCAGCGCGCUCAGCUUCGCUGCACCUGUAGUCGUACCGCGACAAGCUGGGCCCGUACUCAAGGACACAACAUACAAUGCCAUCUCCAUCUCCGGUGGCCAAGCCGGAAAUGCAAAAGCAGAAGCAUCAGCCCUCUUUUCCGCACUCGACCUUCAGAACCCGGAGAAUAUCGAUCAGGCGGAUUUGACCUUUUUGAACGAGGUCAACCAAGUUGCGAAUGAUGCCGAGACAAAGGCGUUUAACCCAGCAGUUGAGGCUGCGAGUGGAACCGAGGCGACACAGAUUCAGAAUGGCAAAAUCAAGAACAAGGUCCUCAAACUCAUGGCCACUGUAAUCAAGCUGCAAGCGCAGCAAGCACAGGGCGAUGAUGUAGCAGCCAAACUUGCGGAAGAGACCAAGAAGCUGAACACUAAUGUUGCGCUGGAUACGGCGGCAGCAGGUCAGGUUUCCAUCGCUGAACCAUUUGACGCCAAGAUUUCUGGAAGUGGAUGA